AUGGAUGAUUCUCAAUGUGAAAGGCGACCUUGCUGUGAAAAGUCUUUACAUUUUCGUGAGUUUCUUUUCGUAGUUCUCGAUUGAAAAUUAAUGUUUCAAAAAAAAGAACAAAUUUGUAGCCAAACGGCCAGAAUGCGAAACGAGAAAAGUGAACGUUUGGCAGCAAGUUGUGGCGAGCUGUUCUGGCGCCGUUGUCACUUCUGUUCUCAGUCUGUUGAAUUUUGAGAGUCUUGAAGAAAUAAGGAAAAUUCAGUGACACCCCUGGAUGUUGUCAAAAUUCGACUACAACAGCAACAUCAUCCCUUUCCGAAGGUUUUUUUUCAAAAUUGGUUCAUUCGAAAAAAGCAAUAGUGAACACCGAGAACUUGGAAAUUUUUGACAGAAAUAAAAAUAAAUAAAAAUGAAUGAAUGAAAUAAAAAUUUUGGAGAUUUCAGCAAUUAUUGGUAUAAUGUAAAAAGCUGGUGAAUAAUUGACUUUGAAAACCUUUCUCACAAAACGUAGCACAAAAUUUUCACCUUGAAACAAAGACUUCGGAGUACAAAAUGUGUUUUUUUAAAAAGAAGUCUUUCAAAAAUAAUUAGCAAAAAUGUUUGGACCUCUAAAAACAAGCAAAUAGCGCUUCAAACUUUUUUUGAGAAUUCCCUCGACUUAAAAAAAGAAAAAAAAAGUUUAAAGUUGAUUCCUAAUGCGAAAAACCUUUUCUCUUGAGGGCGAAUGCUUCUAUUAUCACAAUGGCUUGAUGGAACACUUGUGUACGGCUUGCGAUCUCAAAAAGCCCUGUGAAUGGUAUCAGAGGCCGGGGAACUUCACAGGGACAUGGGUUUUCCAUCCAACUUCACUAUUUUCAACACGAUUUCCAACCUUCAGGAUGCCAUGAAGAAAAUAACGGCACAUGAAGGAGUUUCCUCACUGUGGAGUGGAAUGACGCCUACACUGUUCGCUGAAAAAUAUUCAUCCCUUUUCAAUUUUUAUCGGUUUCAGAGUGAUGGCUCUGCCUGCCACUAUUUUCUAUUUCACGAUUUACGAUAACUUAUCCGGUUUUCUCAAGAAAAAGUUUAAGGUUCAUUUUAUUUUCGAAGCAACUGAAGCCUUCCAGAAUAAUUUGUCGGCGAGCGACGUAUCCGGAGAAAACGACGCCUCCAGAAUGGACGGCGGCCAUGGUCGCCGGGACUGUCGCCAGGGCGAUCGCCGUCUCUGUCGUCAGUCCUGUCGAAAUGAUCCGAACGAAGAUCCAGAGUCAGAACAUGUCCUACAGCGGUUAGUAAUCUUCGAAAAAAAAGUGUUGUACGUCUACUUUUAGAUAACUUGAAAAAACAAAAAACUUGAAAAAGAAUCUACGCCUAAAAAUUGUAAUUUCUUCGUAUUGACUUUUUUGUGUCUUUUUCACUAUCCUUUGUUCAGAAGUGAGAACGGCCAUCCGAUCUUCAAUACAACACAAAGGCCUCCGAAGCUUUUAUAUGGGCUGGACACCGACUAUUCUUCGAGAUAUUCCCUUUUCAGGCAAGUCCAUAACAAAAAAGAUCACUUUUAAGUCCUUUUAAAAAAAAGAGUAUUUCAGCAAUUUACUGGGCUGGUUAUGAUUUUCUGAAGAAAAGCAUGACAAAAGGACAAAGACCCGAUGACGCGCAUUUCACUGUUUCUUUUGCCGCCGGCGCCAUUUCCGGCUCAGUAGCAAGUGUAUUGACACAUCCUUUCGACGUGGUUAGGAAUAUCAUCUCGGAAAAAAAAAAUUGGUCAGGAGGAUUCAGAUCAAAACGAACAGCCAAGUUCGGAUAGGCAAAUCUGGCGCCGAACUCGGCAAAUCCAUGAAGACGAUCGCCCAUGAGUUGUACUCGACGCGCGGCAGUUCUGCAUUUUAUACAGGUUCGAGAAAAAUAUUCAACUUGUUUUGAGAAUCGAAUGAAAAAUAGCGAGGUAUUUUAAGGUCUUCUUCCACGGGUUAUUAAAGUUGCGCCGGCGUGUGCCAUCAUGAUCGGCUCCUACGAGUACUGCAAAACAUUCUUCCACAAAAGAAAUAAAGCUGCCGAAUAG